CUAAAGAAUAUUAUUCUGAUAUAUCUUUGAGCAAAAAGAGGUCUGUACUGAGCAAUACCCCAGAAAAACAGCACAUGAAACUAAGCAUUACACAAGUGCCCACUCAUUUAUUUUUUUAGGGAAAUUAGCUUGUAAACCUCAAAUCUAGAGCUACCCAUGAUCCAACACACAGAAUCUGGCACAAUUAUUCAUGAUCCAAGUCCAACACACACAUAUCUCGACACCCUUACAGUGAAGAUGGGUCAGGCCGUGAGGGCUUUAGCCCAAAUCUGGUUCACCAUUGCUUAAUAACUUAAGUUUUUAGGUUAAAUUAUUAGCUCAAUUAAUUUAUUAACAGCUUAAGUUAUUGGUAACCAGCUCCUAAUAUAUAUCAAAUCAAAUAAUGUUUCAACAAAACAUGGAAAUAAGCUGAUUUUGAUAUGCUUUCAGCUGAAUUGGAGCCAUGGGAAUUAGCCCAAAUGAAUGGUUUGGACAGUGGAGGUUGAGGCUGAAGUUGAAGGCUUGUUUCUCAGUAGAGUUGAAUGAUCCCACCCGCAAGAAGUAGCCAUUCACAAGGGCCCAAAACCAAAGCUUACUGAGGAUUAAAACGACACCGUUUUCAUGCCUUUAAAACACUCCCUUUGGCACCCAGGUAAUCAAAAUUCAUUAAUUGGCGCAAUCUUUGGUAAUAUUUUCUUAUGAUAGUUUUUUCUUUUUAAGCUAGUUUGAAAAACAAGAACUACUAGACAGUUUUUUUUUUUAAAUUUAUAUUUUAUUAUUUUCAGAAUUAUUCUCAAGUUCUAUAGUUAAAUAAAACUCAAUUUUUUUUUCUUUUUUCUUCUGUCCAAAUAACCCUUUUUCAAAUGUGCUUCACAUACAGAAUCAAAAUACUCCUAAUUCUAAUUGAAAAAAGGUUUCUGAGUUUGUGGAAAGGAGUCACAUACACUCAAUUUUCUUGAUGUUAAUCAACCCCCUCUUUCAAAUCUGCAAUCUUUGUAUGAUAUUAAUCACAAAUCUUUGUUGUACAAAAUGGGUUUGUGAUAGAUUGUUGGGUUUGGAUUGUAGCAGGCAAUUCAUGGGGGACUUCUGCUGAAAAUGAUAAAACCAUUACUUUCUCCAAAUGCCUUGUUUUCAGACCAUUUGGGAUUUCUAUUGCAAAGAUGCCUGAAAUGCAAGGCACUGCAACCAGGGAAGCAAGUCCAUGCCAUGCUGUUAGCUUCUAGGAUUGACAUGAACAUUUUGUCCAUGAGCUCAAAGCUCGUGGGCAUGUAUGCAAGUUGUGGGGAUUUGCAGUCUGCAAGGCUUGUCCUAGAAAGAACUCAAAACCCAAAUGUUUUUGCUUUCAACUGGAUGGUUUCAGCUUUGGCCUUUCAUGGGUAUCAUGAAGAGGCAAUUGGGUAUCUUUCUUUGAUGCAGGAGUUGGGAAUUGUUGCUAAUAAGUUCACAUUCUCUAUUGUGCUUAAACAAUGUGUUGGUUUGAUGGAUUUUAAUAAGGGAAGGGAGGUUCAUUGUGUGAUAAGUAGAACUGGUUUUGGAAAUGUUGUUUCUGUGGCAAAUAGCAUGAUUGAUAUGUAUUGUAAAUGUAGGCAUGUGAGUUAUGGACGUAAAGUGUUUGAUGGAAUGAUUGAGAGGGAUGUGGUUUCUUGGACAUCAAUGAUUUGUGGGUACUGUAAUAUUGGGACCCUGGAGGAGGCCCUUGUUUUGUUUGAAAGGAUGAAGGUGGAAGGAUUAGAACCGAAUGAUUUCACUUGGAAUGCGAUGAUUGCUGGUUAUGCUAGGGAUGGAGAUUGUAAUGGUGCUUUUGUGCUGUUCUCUAGAAUGGUGAGAGAGGGGUUGGUUCCUGAUUUGGUUACAUGGAAUGCAAUGAUUUCUGGUUUCACUCAAAGUCUUAAAGCUGUUGAAGCUUGGAGAUUGUUUCAGGACAUGAUGGUUGCUGGGAUUAAGCCCAACCAGGUGACUGUCACUGGACUGCUUCCUGCUUGUGGAUUGAUGGGCUCGAUUCACAGAGGGAAAGAACUUCACGGUUUGAUUUACAGAAUGGGGUUUGACAUGAAUGUGUUUGUUGCUACUGCUCUUAUUGACGUGUACUCAAAAUGCGGGACUGUGAAAGAUGCUUGGGAUGUGUUUGAUAGGAUUCCCAUCAAGAAUGUUGCAUCAUGGAAUGCCAUGAUUGGAUGUUACGGGAAGCAUGGUUUGGUUGACUCCUCAAUUCAGCUGUUUGAGAGGAUGCAAGCAGAAGGAAUGCAGGCAAAUCACAUCACUUUGAUUUCAGUUCUUUCUGCUUGCAGCCAUGGUGGCCUAGUUGAGAAGGGUUUAACUAUCUUCAGGUCUAUGAAAGAGAAAUAUGGGGUUGAGAUCAGCCAAGAGCAUUAUUCUUGUGUUCUUGACCUUCUAUGCCGUUCUGGCAGGAUGGUAGAAGCUUAUGAAUUAUUUAAGGAGAUGCCAAUUGAAGUUACAGACUCAAUCGUUGGAGCUUUCUUCAAUGGCUGUAAAAUCCAUGGCAGAAGAGAUUUAGCUAAACUGAUGGCCGAGGAUAUUCUGAGGAUGGAGUUGAAAAGACCUGGAGGUUUUGUAACACUGUCAAAUAUUUAUGCUGCUGAUGGAGAGUGGGAAGAGGUUGAGAAUAUUAGGAAGGUGAUGAAGGAGCAAGGGGUCCAUAAGAAGCCUGGUUUUAGUUGGGUUGAGAAGAGGGACGGGUUUGUUGAAUCAGAAACCAGAAAUGAAUACAAAAUUGCUGAAACUGGAAUUGGUAUGCCCUCCUAGAAGUUAACAUUAAGGCAUCAGAAUUGCAUUGUUGAAACUGCAGAUUUUGACUAUUGUAACUUUGCUUGGCAUUUCGGGUACACCUACAGCAGGGGCAAAUUCAGAAAUUGUCAUUUAGUGCCCCAUCUGAAAGAAAGGAGAUUUCUCCCUUUCCAAAGGACAAGGUCAAAUCCGAGCGAGACAUAAAGAAUCUAGUUAUCUAUGCACUGCUGGAAUCAAGGACCAGAUGGUCAGUGUCUGUACGCCUUGUGUAAUAUUUGAAUAGGAUUUUUUACUUUUUGCAGAAAAUUUUGUUGGUGUCCAUUUCAAAUUUAAUCUUCUUACCCCUUCUCGGGAUAUAUGAGGCCAUUACAUUACAAUUGCCCUUCAUUUUUGUAACAUCAUGAAUAUAUUCUGCAAGUACUUUGUUGAAGAGUAAUGCUCAAGGCACAUUAUUAGACCUCAUGAUGCUAAUAUAUGCAGCACAACAACUUUUUGGGAGUA